GAGGUGUUAUUUGACGUACGAUCACCCCGCAGCCUGAGCUAGAGAGGUCCCGACAGUGAUUAAACGCCCUGGGAACGAGGGAUAUGUGUGUGUGGGCAUUAGUCAUUCCCGGAGAACGAGAUGGCAAUGACUGCUAACGGUCCUAACGGCUUGGCUUCGCGGCCGGGUGAUUUUGUACCGCUUGGACGUUACGUACAUUUCUGCACAGUACAAAACAUCAUUUCCACGUAAAAUCCACUACAGAUGAUUGUAGCUGUGAUAUGAAGAUUUCCUGAAGGUGAUUCCAACAUGGCGGCGGUUCUAUUCGUGUUGCUGCCGUCCCUGCUGUUCACCCAUGUGGCCGCUAGGUGUCCCGUGGGCUGCAGCUGCCAAUACGUCACCGGUACCGUGGACUGCCGGGGUGCGCACCUCAGUCAAAUCCCGGCCAAUCUUUCUGUCACUACGGAAUAUCUCGACUUUACCAACAACUCUAUAUCAAACGUUUCUAGGGGAGCUUUAGACGCGCUGCAAGGCUUACAGUACCUGAUGCUAGACAGAAAUGACAUCGCCUACAUCGAAUGGGACUCCUUUAGAGCUUUGACCAGACUAUCCGAGUUACAUCUUGAUCAUAACAGUCUCACAGAUGCAAGAAAAGAGAUGUUUUCCGGCCUCGGUAGGCUCUCUCUAUUGAGUCUGUCCUCUAACGAGUUAGAAACCUUCACAUUUCUGUACGCGAAGGAUCUCGAUUACCUGAAGAUUCUUAAACUAGAUAGAAACAAGAUAGCGAGGAUCCCGGCCGGGGCCUUUAACGGGUUGAUCAACUUGCGAUACCUUCAUUUGGAGUUCAACCAGGUGACUUACCUGGAAGCGUGGACGUUUGCUGGGCUGUGGAGUCUGGAGUUGCUGUAUCUGAACGGCAACCGUAUCUCUCACACCUCCUAUCAAGCGUUCGCUGAACUGCAGAGCAUUCGCGCUCUUUACCUCGACGCUAACAACCUGGAGAACAUAUCCUUCGAAGUGUUCAAGAACGUCAAGACCGUGCACUUGGCAUUACACUUGUCCCACAAUCCCUGGCACUGCGACUGCGACCUACAGCGAACAUUCAGCAAGAUCUACCAAGUAACAAGACUCUCUAUAGCGGACUAUUCGAACAUCACUUGCCACAAUCCGACAGAACUUCGUGACGUUCCCAUGGGGUCUGUUCGCCUGUGCAUCGCCGAACUGGUGACGAUAUUGAUCAUCACCGCGACGGUCAUACUCGCCACCAUCGCCGCCAUCUUCCGGGCCGCAAACAGCAGGAAAAGGAAGCUGAUGCGCACGCGCCAUUGCCACGUCAGAGAUUACUAGCCUAAGGACUAACUAAAUAAGCCCGUUCACAUUUCCGAGU